AUGGCUGCGCAAAGAGGCCGGGCCCUGACAUGGGCUUCACAGAAGGCGACCUUGGUUGGCGGCUUAGCCUGCUGCCGCUCUCCAUGCUCCUGGUGCAAGCCGGUGUCUGGGGAUUCCCAAGGCCACCAGGGAGGCCAACACUGCGGGAGAGGGAGCUGCGCGCGGAAUUCGCUGUCAGCCUGCAACUCGCCAGGAAGCUGCUCACGGGGGUUCAGGGCCAGGCCCACCGCUUUGUGGAAUCACACCUGUCCGGAGUGAGCCUGGACCUCCUGCCCCAGCCACAGCAGCUCCCCAAUGCGUCCCUGACCUUCCAGGCCUGGCGCCACCUCCGCGACCCAGAGCGACUCUGCUUCCUCUCCGUAACGCUUCGGCCCUUCCGCGCCCCGCUGAGGAGGCUGGGGAGCCAAAGGCUCUGGAACAGCUCGGAGAGGAUGCAGCUGCAGGUGAUGAGGCUGGAUCUGCGGGAUCUGCAGCGCCAUCUCCGCUUCCAGGGGCUGGCUGCAGGCGUCAACCUCCCGGAGGAGGAGGAAGAAGAGGAAGAGGAGGAGGAGGAGGAGGAGGAGGAGGAGGAGGGGACCCAGCUGCUCCCAGGAGUGCAGGUGUCCUGGCCCCAGCUGCUCUACACCUAUCAGCUGCUGCACUCCCUGGAGCUCAUCUUGUCUCGGGCUGUGAGGGACUUCCUGCUGCUGUCCAAGGCGGGGCACCAGGGCCUGGCUCCCCCGCCUGAGGGAGUGGCCUGUUGGUCCCCUUCCCUACCCCUCCAGCAUUUCGGGACUGGGGUCCUGGCCAAGAGGGCAGCCUCCAGCCCGUCUGCCUUAGACCAGGAAAAAAUUCUAUCAGCCACUAGCCCCAGCCCCUACCCAAUAAUUUAAAGACCCUUCAG